AUGCAGGUGUGGCUUCGACGAUUCCCUCUUCUUCGUCGUUCCUUCUCCGACAUGACCAGAACUCGCAACAUUGGAAUUUCCGCUCACAUUGACAGCGGAAAGACCACGUUCACCGAAAGAGUCCUUUUUUACACAGGAAAAAUCAAAGAGAUCCACGAAGUCAAAGGCAAUGACAAAGUCGGCGCCAAAAUGGACUCUAUGGAGCUCGAAAGAGAAAGGGGGAUCACCAUCCAAAGUGCAGCCACAUAUUGUAAGUGGAAAGAUAUCAAUAUCAACCUUAUCGACACCCCAGGACAUGUCGAUUUCACUAUUGAGGUCGAAAGAGCUUUAAGGGUGUUAGACGGCGCGGUUCUACUUGUGUGUGGUGCCAGUGGGGUGCAAAGCCAAACUAUGACUGUGGACCGACAGAUGAGGAGAUAUAAUGUGCCCAGGCUGACUUUUAUUAAUAAACUGGACAGGGCUGGGUCCAACUAUUUAACGACCUAUAACUCAAUAAAGCAAAAAAUCCCAGUGAGGUCUGCCUUGAUCCAGCUGCCGAUAGGGCAAGAAGAUACAUUUAGUGGGAUUAUUGAUGUCAUUGAGAGAAAAGCAUAUAAUUUCCAAGGAAGAUAUGGAGAAAUCCCAACAGAAAUAGCUAUCCCUGAAAACAUGCUAGAAAAAACACAACAAACUAGACAAGAAUUGAUUGAAAAUUUAGCUGAUGUAGACGAUUUUAUCGGCGACAAGUUUUUGAAUGGAGAAACGCUGACAAAUCAAGAAAUUAAAGAUGCAGUCAGGAGGUCUACAAUUGCCCUUAAGUUUUCUCCUAUACUGAUGGGCUCAGCUUACAAAAAUAAAGGUGCACAGCUCGUCCUUGACGCUGUGGGUGACUAUUUGCCUAGUCCAUAUGAAGUAAAAAACGUAGGACUUGACCUCGACAAAGAAGAAGCCAAAGUUGAGCUAAAAAUCGAUCCAAAACUGCCUUUAGUCUGUCUUGCCUUCAAGCUUGAAGAAAACCGCUUUGGCCAGCUUACCUAUAUCCGUAUUUAUCAAGGUAGAUUAAAAAAGGGCGACUACAUCAUAAACACAUCCACCAAAAAACGAACCAAAAUUUCUAGAAUGGUGAGAAUGCACUCUAACGAAAUGGCAGAAAUCAAUGAAAGUGAGGCUGGCGACAUCUGCGCAUUAUUUGGUAUUGAAUGCAACAGUGGGGAUACCUUUACUGAUGGAACUGUAAACUACGCAAUGUCGUCUAUGUAUGUUCCUGAGCCUGUCAUUUCUUUAUCUAUUAGGCCAAUUGAAAAAAAUGCAGGGAUCAAGUUUAAUAAAGCCUUGGCGAAAUUCCAAAGAGAAGACCCUACAUUUAGAGUAAAAAUAGACGAGGAAAGCAACGAAACUAUUAUUUCGGGUAUGGGAGAGCUGCAUUUGCAGAUUUACGCUGAAAGAAUUAGAAGGGAGUUUGAGUUGCCAGUCGAAUUAGGCGCUCCAGCUGUAAAUUAUAGAGAAACGAUCCAUGGCCGAGCUGAUUUUAACUAUUUGCACAAAAAACAGACAGGAGGUAACGGACAGUACGCUGGGGUCCAAGGGUACAUUGAACCAAUCCCAGAUCUCAAGCCAGGCGAGCUUGUCCCAAGCAGAUUCGUCGACAAAACUAUUGGUAACAACAUAGGAGGAGAAUUCAAAGCUGCAAUUCAAAAAGCCUUCUUAGAGUGCUGCAAGAAAGGCCCACAGGUCGGCUACCCAGUGCUUAACUUACAAUAUGUCCUGAUUGAUGGCCAGACCCACGUUGUCGAUUCUAACUCAAACGCUUUUAUGACCGCCACAAAGCAGUCUUUUAGGCAUGCUUUUCCCAAUGCGAAACCUACUGUAUUAGAACCUGUUAUGACUGUCGAAAUUACGGCCCCUCAUGACUGUCAAGCUACUGUUAUUAAUGGUCUCGUUAAAAGAAGAGCUCUUGUGAAGGACACUUUUACCAGGGCUGAUGGGACUGCUGGGAUUAUUGCAGAAGCGCCACUAGCCCAAAUGUUCGGGUAUGCAAGUGAAAUUAGAGGAAACACACAAGGACAAGGAGAGUUUUCAAUGGAGUUUAGCAGACUAGAACCUGUUGACCCUGGAGCGCUUGAAGAGCUGAAGAUGCACUACCAAGAAAAGGUUCGCAGAGAAGGUAAUGAUGAUGACUAA